AUGUACGCUGAUUAUAAAUUAUUUAUAAAUUCAUUACAUCAUUUUGAGAAGGUACGUGAACAACAAAAACAACAACAAACAUCUCGUUCUUCAUGUCAAUUACAUCGUUAUAAUCAUGAACCAGUAUCAUCAAAUUUUCUUCGUCGUGAUGUUCCACCAAUUCUUAUAUUAGCAUUUUUUCUUUUUCUUAUUAUAAUUAUUUUAUCACAAAUUCUUGUUGUUCAUACAUCACGUUAUGGAAUUAAUUUUUCUACGAUGCAAAAAAAUCAAGAAGAACUUAAAGAAAUGGAUGCAAGUAUGGAAACAAUUUUACAUAAUAAUGUUUUACCAAUAAAUAAAUGGCGUCUUCUAUUUUAUAUUCAAACACGUCUUUAUCGUUUUCAAUAUUUAUUUGAUUUAUUUAAUAAUCAAAAUAAUUUAACAAAUGAAAAUUUCAAUCAAUCAAAUGAAAUUUUCAAACAAGAAAAUAAUAAUUCUCAUUCAGUAAGUAAUAUUAAACAUGCACAAAAUAGAUUUGAAGAAUUUAUUGGUGAAAAUAAUGAUUAUUCAUUUCAAUGGAAACGAAAAAAAUUCAGAUAUAAUUAUAUAGAUAAUCAUAAAAGAAAAAAUUAUUGUAAUGAAUACCCUAGUCAAUUAAAAGGUCGAAUUUUUGAUGAAAAUUCAACAUUUCCUAAUGUUUCUUUAUAUGAAAUUGAAAUGAAUUUUACCGAUAUCAAAUCCGGUGGUCAAUGGUCACCAUCGUAUUGUCUUGCUCGUCAUAAGGUUGCAAUCAUCAUUCCGUAUCGAGAUCGUUUUGAACAUCUAGUCACAUUACUAUAUUAUUUACAUCCAAUAUUACAACGACAAGAACUUGAUUAUAAAAUUUAUGUAUCUGAACAAAUAGGAAAUGGAACAUAUAAUAAAGGUGUCUUAAUGAAUGCUGCUUUUAUAUAUGCAUCGAAUGAAUAUGAUUUUCAAUGUUUUGUCUUUCAUGAUGUUGAUUUAAUACCAGAAGAUGAUAGAAAUAUGUACUCAUGUCCAAUUCUUCCAAGACAUAUGUCUGCAGCCGUUAAUGAAAUGAAUUAUAAAUUGUCUUAUGAAGAACUUAUUGGUGGUGUAUUAAAUAUACGUACGGAACAUUUUUUAACAGUUAAUGGUUAUAGUAAUCUUUAUUGGGGUUGGGGAGCUGAAGAUGAUGAUUUAUAUUAUCGAUUAAAAGAUGUUUCUUUGAAAGUACUUCGUCCACCAUCAUCUAUAGCUCGAUAUAAAAUGCUUCAACAUACAAAACGUACACCGUCUGUAUGGAAUAAACGAGCUAAAUUACUUUAUUCAGCAGCUAAACGUUAUACAUGGGAUGGUGUAUCAUCAGCUCGAUAUAAUAUAACUUCUGCUAUUGCCUAUCCGUUAUUUACACAUAUUAUUGUUGAUGUUGGUUUGCCACCACCUGGUUUUAGUUAA